AAGGAGGACAUCACUUCCUGUCAUUUCUACCAGCCAACGGAAAUAGUUAACUGAGCAAAAUGGCUCAAAUGGCAACUCCCUAUGUUGAAGAUGACUCUGGGAAAUACAUUGCUGCUACACAGCGACCUGAUGGAACCUGGAGAAAGCCUCGGAAAGUGAAGGAUGGUUAUACCCCUCAGGAAGAAGUCCCUGUCUACGAGAAUAAAUUUGUGAAGUUCUUCAAGGGCAAGCCCGACCUGCCACCAGGUAUGAGCCCCGGGGAUGCGGCCCAGGCAAGGCAGCAGCAGCAGGGGAUCCCUGGCAUUGCAGAGAGUGAGACAGCUGGGCUUUCCAAGACAGCCAAGCGAAACAUGAAACGCAAGGAAAAGCGCAAGCUGCAAGGCCCGGAUAGCAAUGUGGAAGCACUUAUAAAUGCUGUUGCGAAUGUGGCGAUUGCAGAGGGCGGUGACAGUGAGAUGGCUGCAUCUAACCCAGCUGAAGCUACUAAUGACCCUUCAGGAGCAGCAGCAGAAAAGGCCAAGAAGAUCAAGAACCUGAAAAAGAAGCUGAGGCAGGUUGAGGAGCUGCAGCAGAAACUGGACUCUGGGGAGAUUGCGCAAGCUACAAAAGAGCAGCUGGAUAAGCUUGGGAGGGCCAAGGCCAUACAGGACGAGUUGCUGCAGCUUGAAGAGGAUUCAUGAGAUUAAAAAGGUUGUCAAAAGGGCAGUAGACCAGUUGUGGAAGUUAGACUGUUGGAAAAUACAAACACCAAGUUCUAAAAGAAAUAGACAUUUACAUCUGCAUUGAUGAGCUUCCCUUGCGAACAUUUUUCGGGGAUUUGGUGUUAUCAAACAGCCAAUCAACAUUAACUUUGGCUUUGGAAUACCAAGUGUACAUAAACCCAACACCUCAAGUUAUGUUGUUGACAAGAACUGAUCAUGCUUUUCCCACACUUUCUCCAAAAACCAAUUAACGAACGACAAUGAGACAGCCAUGUUUUUCUCUUAAUUUGAAAUGUACUUUUAAAACAAUUGAACUGAUCCCCAACGCUUGUAUUGGCUAUUAACUUAUUGGCCAUUCAUAGUUGUAAUAGCAUUUAUUUUAGUGCUCAGUCUUUUUACUGUGAGUUUCUUAACUUUUUUUUUUUUUUUUACCUGUAUCUGUCAAGAGAAUAGCAUAGAAUAUUAUUUAUUGCAUUAAAGAUACAGAAAUCCCCUAUUCAAGAGAA